UCCCCCUACUUCGCGCUUCCCAACGCUUGCAACUCUUUUUAAGGGUUUCAUCUGAACGAAAGGAGGAGGUCGGGUAAUCCCCCCCCACCCACCCCAAAACUCACAGAGACGGAGAGAAACAGAGAGUGUUAACGAUGGAUUUGGAUGGACCACUUGAUUUCGAGGACGAAGAUCCUCUGGUUAACCCACCACCAGCGAUAAUUGAGAAAAGGAAGAAGGUUAUUGGUUUAGAUGAUCUUCUAUCUGAUUUUUACAAAGAGAAGAGUAAGCUUAUUGACAAGCAAAACAAGAAGAAACGCAAAGUCUCCAAGGUUUACGAUUCUGAUGAUGAUGAUGAACAAGGCAAAGUAGCUAAGCUUUCUCAAUGUGUUGAUGAGGUUCAUAAUCAGAUGAAUGAGAUUGCUGGUGAAGAAGAUUAUCAAGAAUGGGGAUUAUCUAUGUUUGGAGAUCAGAAAACUCCAAUUCCUUCACCGCAUGUUGAUCUCGAUAGCUGCUACUUGUUGAAAGAGUUUAUGAAUAAUCAGUUGAAUCUGAUGGUUGGUCUUAUCGUAGAUGAAGGAACGACGUUUCUCGAAGGAUUGUUGGUUAAUGGCUUGCUCACAAGACUGAUCUUGACGUGUGCACGAGUGGAAAAACUCAUAUGCAAAUGGACGCUUAAUAUAUUGUUGUAUUCGUUAAAAGAAGAUCUAAGAUCAUCUGCUUGUGACUUUUGGUGUUCCAUACUGUUAUCACAGAACGAGGUUAAUGGAGCAGCUCCUGUUGAAAUUAACUGGCUUCCUAACUACCAGGAACUUAAAGAAGCUCUUGAAACAUAUGGGUUCAGAAUUAAUUCUUCACAAGAUGUUGAACUAACAGAAGCAGAUUCUGAGUCUCAAGGUCCUCCUCAGAAUAUUAGAGCUUGGCUCAAACUUGUCACAGCUUGUUGUCAAAUUAGGUGUAAAAAUCCCAUUUUUUCCACUUCACAAGACAGCGACGAAAAUUUGUUGAGCUCGCUGAUGUCUAUCAAUUUGAAGGAGAAAGGUUGCAACCUUUUCAAAACUUACAUUUUCGUGGUUUUGGCGGAGAACUGGCUCUUCUCCAGUAAAUUGGUAGAAGAAAAGCCAGUACUGAGGGACAUGUGGGCUGUGUUUCUCAGAUACUGUUCUUGUCAGAUUAACAGCACCGAUCUUAGGCCCUAUGCAUCAAAAGUUCGUACCAAAGCCGCCUAUCUUCUUCAAGGAUGCAGCAGCAACUGAAGGGGUAGUACAUCUGACACUUUAGCAGUAGUUUUCUGAGUAAACUUCGCUAAUCGUAGCUUUUGGUAUAAUUGUAGUCUUUACCACCAAGAACUAAAAUGUAGAACCCGUAAUUUACCCUCUUUUGCAUAUUUUUUGUGUCGUUGAUGGAUACUAAAAUUCUAUAAUGCUUUGAGUGGUACUAAAAUUCUUAUAUCGUUUUGGGUUUUGUUGUAAUGAUAGCUAUCGUUCUUGAA